CCACACAACCGCUCCGCUACCUCCCCUUCUUGAUUCUUGCCACUGUCCGGCUCUCCCGCCCGGCCCUCGCCAUGGACGGCGCCGACAGCAUGCGGUUCCAGCGGCAGGCGUCCUGCUCCUGCGCCCCCUCCAUGUCCCGCGGCUACGUCCGCGGCGGCUUCGACCUCGACGACGACGACUUCGACGACGGGCACUUCGACAAGGCCGGCGCCGCCCUGCACGGGAGGGCGCCGCCCGCCGCUGCGUCGUCGCGCGGGUGCGGCACGAAGCUGAGGGGCCUGUGGCGGAAGAUCGUCCGGGAGAAGAAGAGGAUACUGCUCUGCUCCACCGGCUGCGUGCCCGUCGGGGGCUCGUCCGCGGCGGCGGCGCGGGAGCCAUACGACGCGUACAGCUACGCGCAGAACUUCGACGACGGCGCGGCCUGGGUGGAGCCCGACAACCUCUCGCGCUCCUUCUCCGCGCGCUUCGCCGUCCCCUCCAGGGUCCUGCAGCGGGUCGCCGUGUAGACACACACACGACCCGCCGCCGGCGGCCGUGGCGGCGGCUGACCGUCGUUUCUUUUGUUUUCCUUCUCUGUUUCUUGUUUUCUCGUCUCUGUCUCAGUUUUGGAGUCGUCAACAACUGUGAAAAAGGAAUGUUCUUUGCCCACCUGUAAAUGGUAGCCCCUCGAUCAAUCCCAAUAUCAUGAUCAGCAUCUGCAGCAA